AUUAUUCGACUCCUCCUUGCGUCAAGCCCACGUCACUUCGCUGGUGGCAGCCCCCGGGCUUUUGGAGGGCUCAGGGCGCUUUAUUCCUGCUCUUCGGGGCGAGCGGGAAAGAAGAAGAAGGAGAAGGAGGAGGAGGAAGAAGAAGGAGGAAAGGAAAGGCAAGGCAAGCGAGAGCGAGGCGGCGGCUUGGUGGCGCGUGGCAGGCGAAGAAGCCUCCGAAGGUCUGUCUCCUUUCCCUGCCGCACCGGCUCCGCGAAGAGGACGAGGCUGAGGCGAGACGAAGAAGGCGGUUGUCUCCUUGGGGAGAGGGAGAGGGAGAUUGAGAAGGGAGGAGGAGAGCGAUGCCCGCUGAGUGACUGCCUCCCAGCGCUGGGCUAAGCGAGGAAGGAAGGAAGGCAGGCAGGCAGGCGAGCAAGGGCGAGGAGCCGCUUCUGCUGCUGCUGCUGCUGCUGCUGGUGCGGCGGCGAUGGGGGCCCGGCCAAGGACUCGGCGGCGGAGGGAGCCCCUUCUGUGGUGGGGCUUCUUGGUCUGCCUGGUGCUGCUGCUGGGCGGCUGGAGGGGGCCCCCGCUGGCCUCGGCCUGCCCCGCCCCGUGCUCCUGCACCCCCGAGCGCAUCUGGUGCAGCGAGCCGGCGCCCAGCUUGCGCUACUUCCCCGUCGUGAUCAAGCGCGAGAAGGUCGCCGACAUUUAUAUUGCAAACCAGCGGCAGUUAGAAAGCAUAAAUGAAAUUGAUGUGGGACUGUACACUGGAUUAAGAAAUUUAACUGUUGUGGAUUCAGGCUUGAAAUUUGUUUCACGCCAGGCUUUUCUGAAGAACACCAACCUGCAGUACAUUAACUUGUCAAGAAAUAAACUUUCAAGUUUGUCCCGGAAGUCUUUCCGGCACCUGAAUUUGAGUGAUCUGAUUUUAGACGGCAAUCCAUUCAAGUGUUCAUGUGAUAUUAUGUGGAUCAAGGUGUUCCAGGAGUCCAGAAAUCUAAAAACAGAAACUCAGGAUUUUUACUGUAUGAAUGACAACAACCAGAGGAUAUCUCUAAUGGAGAAGCCAGUCCCAAACUGUGGCUUGCCUUCUGUCAAAUUGAGUACGCAUAACCUUACUAUUUUUGAAGGAGGAAGCCUCACAUUGUACUGUGAUGCUUCAGGAAGUCCACCGCCAAGUAUAUCCUGGCUUUUCAAUAACAUUGCUUCAAAAUAUGAGAGUGAUACAAAUAAGAACCCAGCUUCUCUAUCCAUAAAGAACGUCUUCUCAAAUGACAGUGGUUUGCAGAUUUCUUGUGUAGCAGAAAACAGCGUGGGCGAAGACCAAGACUCUGUUGAUCUUUCAGUGUUAUAUCCGCCAAAUAUCACAUUUCUUGAAGUGCCAUAUCCGGACCACCACUGGUGUAUUCCCUUCAGUGUGAGGGGGAAUCCACAACCUACCCUGACAUGGCUGCAUGAUGGGGUUAAACUGAAUGAGACGGAUUUUAUCUUCACUAAAAUACAUGUUAGCAAUCGGAGUGAACAUCAUGGCUGCCUUCAGCUAGACAACCCAACUCAUGUGAACAAUGGAAAUUAUACCUUGGUGGCACAAAAUCCAUAUGGAAAAGAUGAAGCUAACGUUACUGCUUAUUUCAUGGAAGAUCCUGGAGAGCAGUACGCGGAAUGCUGGUCCUCAAGCUCAGAUGAGACAGAACUUACAGGUAGUCCCUUCUAUGAUCAUGCAGGUUAUAGUGACGAUUAUGGAACAACAACAAAUGAUUUUGAAGACACAACAAAUAAUAGUAAUAAUCAAGUUACUUCUACGGAUUUUACAAAUAAAGACAAUGAAGAUAGCAUUACUGUGUAUGUUGUAGUGGGCAUUGCAGCAUUAGUGUGCACUGGUUUAGUAAUUAUGCUCAUUAUUCUCAAGUUUGGAAGACACUCAAAGUUUGGAAUGAAAGUUGAAUUAAAACAAGUUGGUCUGGUAGAGCAAAUGUGGCUGUCAUUGCAAGACUGCGAUAAUGAAGGUCCUUCUUCAGUUAUCAGUAAUGACGACGACUCGGCAAGUCCUCUCCAUCACAUCUCCAAUGGAAGCAACACCCCGUCAUCUUCUGAGGGUGGCCCUGAUGCAGUGAUUAUUGGCAUGACAAAGAUUCCUGUCAUUGAAAACCCCCAGUAUUUUGGGAUCACAAACAGUCAGCUCAAGCCUGAUACAUUUGUCCAGCACAUCAAGCGACACAAUAUUGUUCUCAAAAGAGAGCUGGGAGAAGGAGCCUUUGGGAAAGUCUUCUUGGCAGAAUGUUAUAAUCUGUGCCCUGAGCAAGACAAGAUCUUAGUUGCAGUGAAGACGCUAAAAGAUGCAAGCGACAAUGCCCGCAAAGACUUUCACCGAGAAGCAGAACUACUGACCAAUUUACAACAUGACCACAUUGUGAAGUUUUACGGGGUAUGUGUGGAGGGAGACCCUCUCAUCAUGGUCUUUGAAUACAUGAAGCAUGGAGACCUCAACAAAUUCCUGAGGGCACAUGGACCUGAUGCAGUUCUGAUGGCAGAAGGUAAUCUUUUGGCAGAGCUAACCCAAUCACAGAUGUUGCAUAUUGCCCAGCAGAUUGCGGCAGGCAUGGUUUACUUAGCAUCACAGCACUUUGUGCACCGUGACCUCGCCACUCGGAAUUGCCUGGUUGGUGAAAACCUGCUAGUGAAGAUUGGAGAUUUUGGGAUGUCCAGAGAUGUGUACAGCACAGAUUACUAUAGGGUUGGUGGGCAUACCAUGCUCCCCAUACGUUGGAUGCCUCCUGAGAGUAUCAUGUACAGAAAAUUCACCACAGAGAGUGAUGUCUGGAGUCUUGGAGUUGUCCUAUGGGAAAUAUUUACCUAUGGCAAGCAGCCAUGGUACCAGCUCUCAAACAAUGAGGUCAUCGAGUGCAUUACUCAGGGCCGUGUCCUACAGCGACCCCGUACGUGCCCAAAGGAAGUCUAUGAUCUGAUGUUGGGGUGCUGGCAGCGGGAGCCUCACAUGAGGCUUAACAUCAAAGAAAUCCACUCCCUCCUCCAGAACUUGGCCAAGGCCUCCCCAGUCUACCUGGAUAUCCUAGGAUAGAAACUCUCAGCAUUUCCUCUGAUGGAGUGCGUGAAUGAAUGUGUUCAGUUGCCACUAAACUCCACUACAAUGUGUUCUUAACUCCAACAGUAUUAAAUACAAAGAUAUGGAGAAGCUUUCAAAGGGCAAGCUGUGUGCAUUUCUCCCUCUGUAGACAGAGUGUUGACUUUGUGACAUUACUGACAUGUCUCUCUUCUCUCGUUCGUUCUUUGUUUCUCUGUUCCCCCACCCUUCGAUUUCUAUUCAAUCAGGCUUCUGCAUUACUAUAACUCUGCAUAGACAAAAGGCCUUAACAACCUGACCUGUUAUAUCAAAAGACCAUCACAACUAGCAAUGCCUUGUUGUAUUCAUGCCUUUGAUCUGGAUAAAAAAAGGGAAAACCUGACUCGAACCUGGUGACUUUUACUGCACGGAUAUCUGGAGCUUCUAUGGAUUCAUUUCUACUUCAUUUGCUUUGGCAUCCUGGUGGAACAUGGAAGAUUGGCAUUGUCUAAAGGAUUUUUUCUUUUCAA